AGCUUCGGAACCAAAUUUAAUUGAGGAAAAAUCCAAGUGGAGAUAACCCAGUACAGUGACGUGUCAUACGCGAUAGAUGAUGUGUACGGAAGACAUUGUGGCUCAAUCGGGAAGCCAGUUUCAUUAUUAUAUCGCAUUUGUGAACUUUAAGCCAUUUUAGUUAUUUAUACAGGUAGCAGAAGUGCUGUUAGUGUAAACACAAGAGUAAAGAAUGGUUCGAGUGGUGUUCCUGCACCCUGAUCUGGGUAUAGGUGGAGCAGAGCGUCUGGUGGUGGAUGCAGCUGUAGCUCUACGCUCUCGUGGAUGCAGUGUGCAAAUCUGGACAGCACACUAUGACCCACAGCACUGCUUCUCUGAGACUCUUUCACCUGAUCUGCCCGUGGUGUGUGCUGGUGACUGGCUGCCCACCAGUGUGUUUGGUUAUUGCCAUGCUUUAUGUGCAUACCUGCGUAUGAUCUACGUAACUCUCUAUCUUGUGUUCCUCAGUGGGGAAGAGUUUGAUGUUGUCUUCUGUGAUCAGGUUUCAGCAUGUAUUCCCUUUUUGCGUUUGACAUGUCACAGAAAAAAAGUCUUGUUCUACUGUCAUUUCCCUGACCAGCUGCUGACUCAGCGUCGCUCUGCCCUAAAGCGACUGUAUCGUGCUCCCCUCGACUGGUUUGAGGAACUGACCACUGGCAUGGCUGACUGCAUUUUAGUCAACAGCCAGUUCACUGCUGGAGUCUUCCAACAAACUUUCCCCAAGCUGGCCAAGAUCCAUACCGAUGUCCUGUAUCCCUCUCUGAACUCAGCAGCUUUUGACGGUGAAGUAGAGGGCCUUAGUGGGCUGGUCCCAGAGGGGCGGAGCUUCCUCUUUCUGUCAAUUAACCGCUACGAACGCAAAAAGAACCUGCCGUUAGCGCUGCAGGCGUUAGCGGCCCUGAAGGAUCGUCUGUCUGCGGGGGAGUGGGGGCGCGUGCACCUCGUGAUGGCGGGCGGUUAUGAUGAACGUGUGGCUGAGAAUGUAGAGCACUAUGAAGAGCUGCGCUCACUGGUGGCAUCUCUUGACCUGGAAGACCACGUGACCUUCCUGCGCUCCUUUUCUGACAAACAGAAGUUGUCAUUGCUGCACGGUAGCACUUGUGUACUGUACACACCCAGCAAUGAGCAUUUUGGAAUUGUACCCAUAGAGGCCAUGUACUCGCGUUGCCCUGUUAUUGCCGUCAACUCGGGUGGACCGCUGGAGUCUGUGGCACACGAUGAAACCGGCUUCCUGUGUGAACCCACCCCUGAGCAGUUCUCUGAGGCAAUGCAGAAGUUUGUUACAGACCCUAAACUCAAGCAGCGCAUGGGACAGGCUGGCAAAGAGCGAGUCCAGCAGCGUUUCUCACUGCAGGCCUUUACAGAGCAGCUCUACAGUCAUAUCACCCAACUUACCCAGUAACAUUAUGUCAUCGUAUGCUUUAUGGCAUUAUUACACUUUGCUUUGGACCAGCACACCGAUCCAUUCUUGUCUGGUUGCCAAGGAGGGACUAAUAAAAGUAUGUGGUCUUUAAUGAAUGAAAAGAGCAGUCAGGGUGUUUGGAGUUAACCUGACUUAUAAUACCAGCCAUGGUCCAGGAUCCACAAGAAUGUAAAGAACUCGUCUGACUGAGAGGUUAAUGAAUUAUCGUGUGCUGGCCACAUUGAUCAAAUGUGUCAUGGCAGGCCUGAGAACUGUGUAUGUGUAUUUUAUGCCAAAGGACCAUUAGAGAGUUUCUCGGGCAGAAAUCGAUCGAGAAGUUUUCUCUGCCCUGUUCCAUUCUGCGGUGUGUCAUCUUUUGUUCGGUGAUAACAAUAGAGGGUGUUAAGAGUUAUUUCAGUCUCAAACUAAAGAUGCUUAUAACAAGUUAGUUUUGAGUAGACUAAAGAGAAAGUUUCCUUAGAACACUGAAGGUCAUACACUGUAUUGGGUUUGUGGUUGUUACUGGCUCUGUGUUUCUUCUUAUAGAGGAACUCCUAUUGAUAUGAGACCAAAGCCCUGAUUAAAUGAAAAGCUGUAUUGUG